UUUAUUAUAUUUCUGUUCUGAUUUCUGUCAGUUUUUGAGAAAAAAUACCAUUGAACGCAGAAUCAUACAAAAUAAACUUGAAAAUUCAAAGGAUGCUCGUAUAAAUCGGCCAAACAAUGUCUUCCCGUAAGCCAAGAUCGUCGAAAGCAGGUGGCAUCCUGAAGACGAACAAGGGGUCGGGGCCGAGCCAGCCCGCGUCCACCAGCAAGCGCUCGUCCAAGCAGCAGCGCUUCGACGAGGACAACAUCAAGCAGACGUACCACCCGGUGGACAAGGACUACGGCCACAUUAAGGUGGACGAGCCGCCCACGCCGUUCUCUGAGAUGGAGGACGGGUCGAGGCCGCCCGAGGACGAACUGGAUGCGAAUAUCCUGGCGGCCAAGCUCCAGGCCAGCAUGAACAAGGGCCCGCGCGUGCUGGAGUCCAGCUCCAGCAGCGACAGCGACGACAUGAGCGAGGAGGAGCGCCAGCGCCGCCGCGCCGAGCGCAAGGAGUUCGAGCGCCGCCGCAAGAUGCACUACAACGAGGGCCAGGUUCUGAAACAUUCUUCUAAUUUAAUAUAAAGUUAGCAAAGAAAUUGUUGGAAGAGGAGAGUGAGGAUGAACUGUGCUGAGUGCGGGCCGGGGCGGGCGCGGGGAACCACCAUCGUAGACAACAGUGCGACAAAUCUAAACCUGGGUACCAACAUUGUGAGGAUGGUCUUCAUACACUGGCAUCAAGUGACCACAGUUGUGUCAGCUCACUAAGUAACUGUACAUUGAGAGACAUUCUUGCAAUGCUAUUCAUAUCAGUGCCCAGUGUCAGAAUCACCUUAUGACAACUAUUUAGUUUCCAUUCGAAGACUUCAUUUCUAACAACUAAAAUGUUGGAAUAUAGUUGCAUGUAAAGAUUCAAAAGGUAUUUCUUAGAUUUGCAAGACUGAUUAGCUGAUUCAGUUUGUGUAAUGAGGUGUGAUAAUGGUAAGGAAGAAAGUAAAUUUUGGUCAAUAUCUAAGCCCCCAAUGUUAUUAUUUUGUUUGUUUUUUGUGGCACAGCAGAGUAGUUUACAGUAGUCAAAAAUUCAAAUACCAUAAUGAGGCAGCUAAAUUAAUGUUUUAGAGGAAAAUGCCUCUGUACUUUAUUAUAAUUUGUCAUUCAGCAUUUAACACUUUGGUAUGUUCACUACAUAAUUUAUCAUUACAGUGCCAAAUUAUUUUACCGAUUUUCUCAUUGCUUUUACUGUUGAAAGGCAUACCUAGUUUAGGCUGAUAGUGAUGUUAAUGUAGCUCCUUAGCCUAUCCUUCUAAAACUUAACUGUUACUUAAAUAUGCCAUAAUAAUGUGACAUCAAAUUUUGAUUUAAGCCUGAGCCUCCUUAACACUUUAAUUUUUUUAUUUUUAUGUGAACACGGAUUUAACUUCUAAUGUUGAUUUAUAAAUCAGAUAUUUAUGACUAAAUAUUUUAUAGAUAAAUAUCAUUAUUGUAAAAGUAUUUAUGGUAUGUUAUAUUUUUGUUUAUCAAAUAAACUACCAAUUAAGUACCUA